AGCAGUUGGUCGGUGUUUCGCGGGGAAGCGAUGCGUUGAUUCGCGAGGGGGAAAGGCCCGUCUUCGCCGCCGUAGCUGGCCCAGGCAGGCCUCGGCAAUGUCCGGAAGCAGGCCAUCGCCGCAGCACCCUCCGGCCGGGCCGGGUGCUGCGGGCCCUCCGGCCUCCUCCUCGACCUCCUCGGUCACCACCUCGGCCUGCUUGGGCACCGCGAUGGCGACGGGCACCGCGAUGGCGACGGGCUCCUCAGCGGUCCCCUCGCGACCCGUGUUGGUGGCGGCCGCCGUGUCCGGAUCCUCCUGCGGCGGGGGUCUUUCUCGCCUGGCGGGGACCCGAGUCGGGAGCGGCAAUGGAGCAGCCUGCAGCGGCACCAGAAAGAGGCCGCUUCUGACUCCGCUUUGCAACGGCCUUCUGAAUUCCUACGAGGACAAAAGCAACGAUUUCGUCUGCCCCAUCUGCUUUGAUAUGAUUGAAGAAGCUUACAUGACAAAAUGUGGACACAGUUUCUGUUAUAAAUGUAUUCAUCAAAGCCUGGAAGAUAACAACAGAUGCCCCAAAUGCAAUUAUGUUGUGGAUAACAUUGAUCAUCUAUAUCCCAACUUUUUAGUGAAUGAGCUCAUCCUUAAACAGAAGCAAAGAUUUGAGGAAAAGAGAUUCAAAUUGGACCAUUCAGUGAGUAGCACCAAUGGGCACAGGUGGCAAAUAUUUCAAGAUUUGUUGGGAACAGACCAAGACAAUCUUAAUUUGGCCAAUGUUAACUUAAUGUUGGAACUUUUGGUGCAGAAGAAAAAACAACUGGAGGCAGAGUCCCAUGCUGCCCAGCUACAGAUUUUGAUGGAAUUCCUCAAGGUUGCCAGGAGAAAUAAGAGAGAGCAGUUAGAGCAAAUCCAGAAGGAGCUGAGUGUUUUGGAAGAAGAUAUUAAACGAGUAGAGGAGAUGAGUGGUUUGUAUUCACCAGUCAGUGAAGACAGCACUGUGCCCCAGUUUGAAGCUCCAUCUCCUUCACACAGUAGCAUUAUUGAUUCUACAGAAUAUAGCCAACCUUCUGGAUUUAGUGGCAGUUCCCAGACUAAGAAACAGCCAUGGUAUAAUAGUACUUUAGCUUCAAGAAGGAAGAGACUUACAGCUCAUUUUGAAGAUUUGGAACAAUGCUACUUUUCUACCAGGAUGACUCGUCUAUCAGAUGAUAGUAGAACCUCAAACCAGCUGGAUGAAUUUCAAGAGUGCCUGUCUAAAUUUACUCGCUACAAUUCUGUUCGACCUUUGGCAACACUAUCUUAUGCAAGUGAUCUCUACAACGGAUCUAGCAUAGUCUCAAGUAUUGAAUUUGAUCGAGACUGUGACUAUUUUGCUAUUGCGGGAGUCACAAAGAAGAUUAAAGUCUAUGAAUAUGGCACAGUCAUUCAGGAUGCAGUUGAUAUUCAUUAUCCAGAAAAUGAAAUGACAUGUAAUUCCAAAAUCAGCUGUAUCAGCUGGAGUAGUUACCACAAAAACCUUUUGGCCAGCAGCGACUAUGAAGGAACAGUGAUCUUAUGGGAUGGAUUCACAGGGCAACGUUCCAAAGUCUAUCAGGAGCAUGAGAAAAGAUGCUGGAGUGUGGACUUUAAUUUGAUGGAUCCUAAACUCUUGGCUUCAGGUUCUGAUGAUGCAAAAGUGAAGUUGUGGUCAACCAACCUGGACAAUUCAGUAGCAAGUAUUGAGGCCAAGGCAAAUGUGUGUUGUGUAAAAUUCAGCCCCUCAUCCCGGUACCAUCUUGCUUUUGGCUGUGCAGAUCACUGUGUCCACUACUAUGAUCUUCGGAACACUAAACAGCCCAUUAUGGUCUUCAAAGGGCACCGCAAAGCUGUUUCAUAUGCAAAGUUUGUUAGUGGAGAAGAAAUAGUCUCUGCGUCAACAGAUAGCCAGCUAAAGCUAUGGAAUGUAGGGAAGCCACAUUGUUUGCGUUCUUUUAAGGGUCACAUCAAUGAGAAGAAUUUUGUAGGCUUGGCAUCUAAUGGAGACUAUAUUGCCUGUGGAAGUGAAAAUAAUUCACUUUACCUGUACUAUAAAGGUCUCUCAAAGACACUGCUAACCUUCAAAUUUGACACUGUCAAAAGUGUCCUGGACAAAGACCGUAAGGAGGAUGACACAAAUGAGUUUGUCAGUGCUGUAUGCUGGAGGGCACUACCAGAUGGGGAGUCCAAUGUAUUGAUUGCUGCUAACAGUCAGGGUACAAUUAAGGUACUGGAACUGGUAUGAAAGGUUUUCUCUCUCUCUCAAGGAGUGGAAUACUUGAUACAGCUUUCGUCUGAGGUUCUCAGUGGGACACAAAAUGAAGAUAAUUUGCUCUUCCUUCUCAGAGUGUGGUCACAUUUUGGGGGUGGGAGUUUUUUUUUUUUUUUCUUUUAUGGAUGCCCUUAGGGCAAUUUGGGACUCUGGGACGUACAGUGGAUUCAGAAUUCCGAACCAUCAACAUUAACUGCACAGACUCACUGCUGCUGAUUCUAUUGCUUCUCUGAUGUUUAUGAUGGGGUGGGAGGAAUGGAUGGAUUCUUUUAAAUAAAAGCAGGUGCUGAUGCAGAAAAGGAAUGGUGAACAUUCAUUGAGCUAGACAUAGAAACAAUGUCCCUUUGUUGAUAGGCAUGGUAACAGAUUUGCCUUGUUGAAUGAUUUCUGUGAGAGCUAUGCUUUGAGCCAUGUUCUGGAUUAUUCCUACUGGUCUUUUUUCUGUUUAGUUCAAAAAAUCUGGUAAGCUGUCUAAUCCUGACUGGAACAUUGUGAGCAUGCAUCUGACUUGAGACCCUCAAGUGAAAUUUCAUUUCGUAUUUGUUUUUGUUUUUUUAAAUGAUAUGUUUGGGCCAUUUUUUACUAUUCAACUAUUGAAGCUCUCUGUACGACUAACUAGUGCAAACUCUCCGGUCUGAGAGAGGGCAUGUAAGCAAUUUUAUUUUCAAGCCCAUCUGUUCCUUCACCAGCUCUCAUGCCUGCCAGCUAUAUAAGGAUCUCAUCUGUGAUGUAGACAUGUGUUGAAUGAGAGCAGAUGUGACACGACAUAGUUAUCCCUAUACAAGCCACUAAAUUGUCAGUAACUAAUGACUUUCUGUCUCUUCUGAUUUGAGUGGCUAUUGAAAUUGCUUCACGAAAGGCAACAGUGCCUAUCCACACAUUACUGUCCCCAAUUUGUUCAUUCCAAUCAUCUCACUAUUUGUGUCAUUUGUAAAAGCGAAGCAUUUUGAAUGUUGUAAUAUAUUUUGGGACAGGCUUUGGUAGCCUUAUUUUUUGAAUAAACAUUCAUAUUCUUAAUUGUACAAGUGAAUGGGAAAUAAAGUGAUUCCAAAUAUUUCACAUUGUUAGUUUGUCUUCCCAAAGUAAGACUUGUUUGGGGGAAAGGAAGCGGGCUUCUUAGUUGUGAUGGCAAUACUAUUUCCUUUACAUGGAAAAAUUUGCCUACAUAUUAAGGGAAGAAAUAUGAACUGAAGACAGAGCCAACAACUGAUGGAAGGAAGAUCCAUCAAGUACAGUGGCUUUUUGUUAUUCCUUGCUAAAAUGGAUUUCAAAAAGGACUUUAGAUCACCCACAAGUGCUCCAGUAAAUUUCUCCUUAUAAAGAUACAAAGUCAGUAAUCUCCAGUAUGCUUAUAGCUCUGGGAGCAUGAGGUAAUAUUCAUCUUGCUCACACCACAGCCAGCACCUUUAAGAGCUAAGUUUGGGAAUUUCUUAUUCUAACUUUCAGAAAUUGCUUGUUGACUGCUUUUCAACUAUUAAGCAGGCUUAGCUUGACUAGUCUGAAAACACUGGGUGAAUUCCUUCAAUCCUUUGUGAAAGAAAUUUUAAAUACAAGUUUAUGUGCCUUUUUUUAGUAUAAACAGCAAAGGGUGGAAAAUUACAAAUGAACUAAGGGUCCAGAUAGAUUUGAAAUAAGAUUUUGGGAUAAGAACCCUUCAUGUAGGAAAAUACUGUAUUUAUUGCAGUAUCCCAAGAUCAUGUGACCUGACAAAAUCAAUGGGGAAGCCAGAUUCAUUUAACAAACAUGUUACAAACUUAACUUCAGUGAUUUACUUAACAACUGUGGGAAGAAAGGUCAUAAAAUGGGGCAAAAUUUACUUAAUUAUCAUCUUGCUUCACAAUAUAAUUUUUGGACUCAAGUGUGGUCAUAAAUUGAGGACUACCUUUAUUAUUUGAUUUAAAUGGACAAAAGCAACUCUGAGCAGCUUACAAUUGGACAGAAGCAGAACAACAAAGAAGCUAAAAGCAAAAUAGAACAAAUACUCAGAACCAAAAAUAUAGAGAGAAUAAAACAAUAAUAGAAUAAUCAAGGCCAGAUCACUACAUUAUCCAUUUCAAAAAAACAUGAUUGAUAGAUUUACCUUAUGUUCUCCACCAAUGUCUUCAAAAAGCCAGCAGGGUUGAGGCCAUCCAAACCUUGGGGGAAUGAUACUCCAUGGGUAAGGCAUACUUCCUAAGUUCCAGUGGAUGACAUUCUUUUAUAGAAAAAACCCAAAGCAAGGGUACCCUGCUGGAUUUCAUGGGAUGAUCAAAGGAAAUGGAAACAGGUGGAUCCACAAAUAACUCAUCCCUGUGCCAUGAAGAGCUUUAUAGGUGUUCAUUUUCUCUGGGGCCCUGGUAUUGUGGGUGAGCCUUUUUUUUGGCUGCAAUGAUUGUGUAUGUUUGCUAUGCAUUGUUAUUUUAUGUUGUAUGUUGUUUAUUGUUUUUAAUUGGAAUGCAUUUGAGAUGGAUGAUCACAUAAAUUGAACGAGUGAAAACAUGAAUGAAUAAAAUUAAAUAUGACCA